CACUUCAUCUUCUUCCUAUAUAAUCCCUCCCUUCACUUCCCAUGUUUUCUCAUUGGGUUUUCUUUUCUUCUGCGAGGUCCAGUACGCCUCGCAGAAACCAGAAAAGAAAACCCACCAACUGCUUGACGAAAAGCCUCAUCCUCUCUUCUUCUUUGCUUCUCACACUGUGAUUACUGAUAUUGGUGUUCUGAGAUGGAGGUGCAUUCUCCAGUUAUAGCUAAGAGAGCAUGGAACGUGUUGAGGAUCACCUUCUUCAUGAUGAGGAAGGGUCUGAUCUCGAAGAGGAAGCUGGUUAUGGACAUGAACGUGAUGAUGAAGAAAGGGAAGCUGCUGAGGAAGUCUCUGGGCAAUCUCAUGUCGUCCCAUCUUCAUCAUCACCAUUCAAGGAGCGUGGCACGUGGUCGCUUUGGCCUACAGGAAUACGAAUUCUCUUGCAGCAACAGUCCUACUCCUGUUUUUUUCCACGUCCCAAAGCGCAAGCACCAUUUCAACUUCCCCUGCAUCAACCCUCCUCAGGUAAUUGAAGAAGAACCCAAUAAGGCUAUGGUUUUGGUGCCCAAGACCCCAGAGUACACCUUCAACUUCAGGUUUGACGCGUCUUUGUCUCCUGGAGAUAGAAGGAGCCCAAUUCAGUCGCCAUUUUCUGUGAGGAUUUCAGAUUAUUCAUCAGAAGAUGAAAACGAAGAGGGUGGGAGUGAUCAAGUUGAUGAUCAGGCUGAGGAUUUCAUCAGAAGGUUCUAUGAACAGCUAAGGAUGCAGAGCCGCAUGCAAUUACUAGAGUACCAAGAGGUGUAAAGACAAGGCGUAUAAACGUUUAAAUGUAAUCCUUAUCUUUACAUCUUGACACUAAUCCUCUGGAAACCUCCAUCUAUGAAACUGGAUUGUCCUGUUUGUAAUUCAUUGUCUGUUUUUGUUCAAUAUGUGAAGUUUUUAUGUAUCAAAUAUUUUUCCACUCUGUAACAUUCCCAUAUUGUAACAUAUAAUAUUGUGUUUACCUAUUAACAAAGUUGUUCUUUGUCUGGAAAAA